CAUCAUCAGCAUCAGCAUCAGCAGCAUCAGCAUCAGCAUCAGCAGCAAGGACAGAUGUGGAGCGGACACGAUCAAGCAAUGGCGGCGCACAACGGAGCUGGAUCCGGAGCCACCAAGCCACCCGGAGCGGGAUACGACAGAUCUGCGUCAGGAUCGGCAUUCUCACCGCCUGCAGGUCACUCGGGCAACAGCGCAGGGCUGAGCUAUGGGCACGAGAUGGACAUGCAGUUCAGCCAGCAACGUCACCAAGACUCUUCUGCUGCCUUCCAUCAUCAUCAUCAGCAAGAGCAGCAGGUGCAGCAUAAUCAACAGCUCCAGGCACCGGCAUAUGCCAUUCAGUCGUCGAUGGCUGGAUUCGCAGCCCCAACCGGAAGCUAUGGUCUACAUUCCCGACACUCGUAUGCCAAUCCGCUCCCGUACUCUGAUUUCAAUGCGUCCCCGUCUGAUGAACAUGGCCACGGCUCUCUGCACGACAGCGACGAAAACACUGAGCGCCAGAGCGACCGCUACAGUCCGUACGCAAAGUCCUCGCAUUCCGAACCCUCCUUGGGCCGCCGCUCUCCGUCGCCCUCCCGCACCAAGGCGGACAAGGCGCUCCCUUGGUUCCUCGGCACGCCAUGGCACCGUCGUCGCUUUGUCGCAUUCCUGUUCCUGGUGUUGGGAUUUGCCACCCGCUUUUACAUGAUCCAGCACCCGCAUCAAGUCGUGUUUGAUGAGGUGCAUUUUGGCGGUUUUGCCAGCCACUACAUGCGCAGGACGUACUUUUUCGAUGUGCAUCCGCCCACCGGAAAGUUGAUGAUUGCACUCGCGGGGUAUCUCGCUGGGUACGAUGGCCAGUUUACGUUCAAGGAUAUCGGCAUGGAUUACACAAAAGCACCAACACACGUGCCCUACGUUGCCAUGCGAAGUGUACCUGCGACUUGUGGAGCUCUACUCGUGCCGCUAGUGUUUUUGAUCAUGAUGGAAUUUGGCUUUUCCAUUCAUGGCUCGGCACUGGCGGCAGCCAUGGUGUUGCUCGAGAACGGAUUUGUGACACAGUCACGCCUCAUCCUGCUCGAUUCCAUGCUCUUGUUCUUCAUCGCCUGCUCGGUCUACUCAAUUGCCAAGUUUAGCAACCUUCGCUCGCGCGAGUUCACUCCCGAGUGGUUCAAGUGGCUCGGGCUGACUGGUGUUUCACUCGGAUUGGCCCUCAGCGUCAAAUGGGUUGGCCUGUUUGUGAUUGCGCUUGUUGGCCUGCACACCAUUCGGGAUCUCUGGCGUUUGUUGGCAGACCUUCGACAGUCCAUGACAGAUCUGCUCCUCCACUUCCUGGUCCGAGCCCUUGGUCUGAUCGCCAUUCCUAUGGUCAUUUAUGCCACCUCAUUCUACAUUCAUUUUGCUAUUCUCAACACGAGCGGCCCUGGAAACGCAUUCAUGAGCUCUGACUUUGUGUCGGGCCUGAAAGGUGUCAUUGAAACAACCAACACUGCUGUGACCUAUGGCUCUCAAAUCACAAUGCAACACGUCAACACAAAUGCCUACUUCCACUCGCAUUCGCACGACUACCCUGGAGGCAGCAAGCAGCAGCAAAUUACGACGUAUGCACACAAAGACCACAACAACUGGUGGGUCAUCCGCCGUGCCACAACCUCCUCGGGCAACGAGACCUUUGCGGCUUUGCCCAACCCUUCGCAGUCGGUCAACGUCGCGUCCGGCGAUUUUGUGUUCUUGACCCACGUCGGAAGCGAGAAAGGCCUGUACAUGCAUGGCUACGCUGCACCAGUCACUGCUGGCAUGUACGAAGUGAGCGCCGCCGAUGACGACGGUCAUCCGUGGGAACUUGUCUUUUACAAGGCAAACAACGAGGCCGUCCCGGACACGCUGACGAUUGCCAAGCCCCGAUUCCAGCUCAUUCGGUCGACCGGCUCCAUUCGCUGUGCGCUCUUUAGUCACGCCGUCCAGCUCCCCGAGUGGGGCUUUCGGCAGAACGAGGCGGCCUGCACCACCGAUCUCCACCAUCCCGGCACCGUUUGGCAGGUGACCGAGCUGAAUGCUGUCAAGCAUGCUGGAUUUUCUACAACCCCGGCUAAAACGGAUCGCAGUGGCAUUUUGACUCGACUGAAGGACAUUGCAGACAUUCAAGUGAUUGCAUGGGAAGCAAACAAGCGCUUGACGGGCGAGCAUGUCUUCCAAUCACGGCCAGAGUCGUGGCCCAUCCUUUCACGAGGCAUCUCGUUCUGGCAAAGCGCGGGCAAGCGCAUGCAAGUGUACUUGCUGGGAAAUCCUCUCCUGUACUGGGCGUUCAUCCCCAUGGUUGGCAUCUACUUUAUGAUUUUUGGCGUUUAUAUUAUUCGAACGCGACGAGGGUGCCACGACAUGGACGCUGAAGGAAAACGCAAAUUCCAAUUGAUUGGCGACUUUUUCUUGUUAGGAUGGCUCCUACACUACAUUCCCUUUUUUGCAAUGGAGCGUCAGCUCUUCCUACACCACUACCUGCCCGCGCACAUGUUUGGUAUUCUUGCUGUUGCAGCGCUGUUCGAUCACUUGCUCGUGCGACUCCAAGAUCGAUGGAGGCGUCGACUCCUCGGUCUCCUGCUGGUCACAUUCCUGUACGGCUUUUGGUACUUUGCUCCCUUGUCGUACGCCUCUCCGAUCGAGGUUGCGGAUGUCCCGAAAAUGAAGUGGCUGUCCACUUGGGAUUUCAUGCUGUAAACGUCCCUCGCGAAACGGCAGUGCUUUUGUGCUUUUGUGAUGUUGUUGUAUGUAUUCUUGAGAGUAUUAUUGAAAGACAUUGUUUCGAAUGAAUCAUUGUGAGUG